CUGCUGUGCCUAUAACCACACGCGCUGCGACAAAGCACCGGCGACAAGCUAGCAUUUGCAUAGCAUCUGUACGCAUGGGGUCGGCGGUGUUCUUCCUCUGCAUCGGCGCCGUGCUUGCCGCUGCGGCGACGGCGACCAUUCAUGAGCACUCACAGUGCCUCGACAACCCACCGGACCUGACGCUGCGCGGCAGCGAGACCGGAAAGGUCGUCGACGACCUCCCAGAGGGCUUUAAGGCCUACGUCACCGGCGCUGCAAGCUCCAGCCUCACCGUCGUCCUAGCCUCCGACGUCUUCGGGUUCGAGGCACCUAUACUGAGAAAGAUAGCCGAUAAAGUUGCGGAGGCUGGAUAUUUCGUUGUGGUGCCUGAUUUCUUCCAUGGAGAUUUUUAUGACACAAGUAAAAACAUUUCAGAAUGGCUCAAGUCUCACUCUCCGGUCAAAGCAGCUGAAGAUGCCAAGCCACUCAUUGCUGCUUUGAGGAAGGAAGGAAAAUCCAUUGUGGUUGGGGGUUAUUGCUGGGGUGGAAAAUUUGCCGUGGAGAUGGCGAAAACCGAUGAUGUUAAAGCAGUUUGCAUUUCUCAUCCCGCGUUAGUGACUGCUGAUGAUAUGAAAGAGAUCAAAUGCCCAAUUGAGAUCCUUGGAGCUCAAAAUGACACAACCACACCACCAAAACUAGUGUACCAGUUUGUGCACGCCUUGCGACAAAGAACAGGGAUUCACUACUUCGCCAAGAUCUUCCCGGGAGUUGCCCAUGGAUUUGCUUGCAGAUAUAAUACCACCGACCCUUUGGCUGUCAAAACCGCUGAACAAGCUCUUGCUUUCAUGCUCGACUGGUUUGGCAAAUACGUGAAGUGAAGAUAACUAGUUUACUGCACAUGGUUGAAGUUGUCCACGAUUGUUUCAAUUGCAGAAAAGAGAAUAAUACUUAAUGGCAUCCACAUUGUAAAGUUGCACAUUAAUCAUUCUGUGAAUGUCUAUUGCCCCUUCUCUUGUCAAGCUUUCCUCACUUUUAUUUCCACCAAGGGAAUUAGGACAGUUAUCUCGGAUAUUAGUUA